GGGCCGGUGUGGGGAGGAGGGGAAUCGCGGCGUUUCCAGGAACAGGUUGAACGGCGGCGGUUGACGUCGGACGGUUAGAGCCAUCGACAGGAAACCCGCCCGCCCUCCCGCCCGCCCGCCCGGCGUCCCCACUCGACGAAACGCCUCAGAAAGAAAAGAAAGAAAGGGGGAAAAUAGAAAGAGACGAAAGAAGAAGAAGGUGACUGGGGCUGUAGUGGCGGCGGUGAUGAUGAUGGCGGCGGCGGCGGCAGUGACGGGCUCCAGGCCUCGGCCGCUCACCAUGUUGCCCCUCCGAGCCCUGCUGCUGCUUCUCUUGGCGUCGAGUAUGCGAGGACAAUAUGGAAACCCUCUGAACAAAUACAUCCGGCAUUAUGAAGGUUUAACAUACGAUACUGAUGUCCUGCAUCAGAAACACCAACGUGCCAAGAGGUCCAUUUCCCAUGAUGACCAAUUUGUUCAUAUGGAUUUUCACGCACAUGGCAGGUAUUUCAACCUGAAGAUGAAACGAGAUACCUCCUUAUUCACAGAUGAUUUUAUAUUGGAAGAGUCGGGUGAAAAGAUUAACUAUGAUACCUCUCAUAUCUACACUGGUGAAAUCUAUGGUGAGAAGGGAUCGCUCAGCCAUGGAUCUAUAUUAGAUGGGCGAUUUGAGGGAUUUGUCCAAACCCACCAAGGCACUUUCUACGUGGAACCAGCGGAACGAUACAUAAAAGAUAGAAAGCUGCCUUUCCACUCUGUAAUCUACCAUGAAAAUGAUAUUAAAUAUCCUCACAAGUAUGGACCAGAAGGAGGAUGUGCGGACCAUUCUGUGUUUGAAAGAAUGAAGAAGUAUCAGAUGUCUGCUGUGGAGGAGCCAACGCAACAGAAACUUGUGGAUGUAGAGCAUGAAGAGAUCGCUGAGCCUGUUAUUUUACGAAAACGCCGUGCGGCUCAAGAGGAGAAAAAUACGUGUCAGCUCUUUAUUCAAACGGAUCACCUGUUCUUUCAGCACUAUGGUUCAAGAGAAGCUGUUAUUGCCCAGAUCUCCAGUCACGUGAAAGCAAUCGACACGAUAUACCAGACAACAGAUUUUAUAGGAAUCAGAAAUAUUAGUUUUAUGGUGAAAAGAGUACGAAUCAAUACCACAACUGACGAGAAAGAUGGAAGCAAUCCAUUUAGGUUUGCAAACAUCGGUGUAGAGAAAUUCCUGGAGCUCAAUUCAGAACAGAAUCACGAUGAUUAUUGCCUAGCCUACGUGUUUACAGAUCGUGAUUUUGAUGAUGGUGUCCUGGGACUGGCUUGGGUUGGUGCACCAGCAGGCAGCUCUGGAGGAAUAUGUGAGAAGAGCAAGCUUUAUUCUGAUGGAAAGAAGAAGUCGCUCAACACUGGAAUUAUCACUGUUCAGAACUAUGGUUCCCACGUGCCUCCCAAAGUUUCCCACAUCACAUUUGCUCAUGAAGUGGGUCACAACUUUGGCUCUCCUCAUGACUCUGGCUUUGAAUGCACCCCAGGAGAAUCGAAAACUGGAGAACUGAAAGAAAGGGGCAAUUUUAUUAUGUAUGCACGAGCUACGUCUGGUGACAAGCAGAACAACAAUAAAUUUUCUCUCUGUAGUGUUCGAAACAUCAGCCAGGUCCUUGAGAAGAAAAGAAACUCCUGUUUCGUUGAGUCUGGCAAACCCAUCUGUGGCAAUGGUUUGGUGGAAGAGGGGGAGCAAUGCGAUUGUGGUUACAAUGAUCAAUGCAAGGAUGAAUGCUGUUACAAUGCAAAUGAGUCGGAUGAUAGGAAGUGCAAGCUAAAACCAGGCAAAAAGUGCAGUCCAAGUCAAGGACCUUGCUGUACUAAACAGUGCGUGUUCAAGCCCAUCGCUGAGAAAUGUCGCAAUGACUCGGAUUGCGCAAUGGAAGGCAAAUGUAAUGGUGCAACUGCAACAUGUCCGACAUCUGAUCCUAAACAGAACUUUACUCUCUGUAAUAGGGGAACUCAAGUGUGCAUCAAAGGGCAAUGCUCUGGAUCUAUCUGUGAAAAGUACCAUCUUACUGAGUGUACUUGUACAAGCACUGAAGAUGAGAAGGAGCUCUGUCACGUCUGUUGUAUGGAGAGACAACCACUAGGAACAUGUUCCAGUACUGGUUCGGAAAAAUGGCAGCAUUUCUUCAAUAAUACCACCAUCACUCUACAGCCUGGCUCACCCUGCAAUGACUUUAAAGGCUACUGUGAUGUUUUUAAUCGAUGCAGACUAGUUGAUGCUGAUGGUCCUUUGGCCAGGCUAAAGAAAGCAAUUUUUAAUCCAGAGCUUUAUGAAAAUAUUGCUGAAUGGAUUGUGGCUCACUGGUGGGCCGUACUUCUCAUGGGAAUUGCUUUGAUAAUGUUGAUGGCUGGAUUUAUUAAAAUCUGUAGUGUGCAUACCCCAAGCAGUAACCCCAAACUGCCACCUCCAAAACCACUCCCAGGCACGUUAAAGCGAAGACGAUCACAGCCACAGCAGGCAAGUCAACCAUCACGCCAGAGACCCAGAGAGAACUAUCAGAUGGGACUUAUGAGACGUUAAACUGCAGCAUUCGCCUUGGAUCUUCCUAGUGCCUACAGCAGGAAAUUUCGCUCCAAAGAAAACCUGUUCCUGUCAUUGUCUCAAAUCUGAUAGAAAAGCUUUUAGGUCCUAACAUUAGAGGGAAUUGGAUUACUUGUAAUGGAUGCAGUCUCCAACUCAAAAUGGAGAAAACAAAUCAUCAGUGUCCCUUCUAAUCUGUCUUAAUUAUCAGAUCAUGUUUGGAUUUCAUUAAAUCAUGUUUGGAAAGAAGGAACGUUUUUGUUGAUGAGGUGUCACAAAGUCAUGUGACAGAAUUCUGCUCUUGUCCAUUUUGUGUGUUUUUUUUUCCUCAUUGCACAGAGGUGUGUUCCUGUAGAUAAAGCUAUUAUUGCUGCCAAUUUGAAGCUUUUAUGUAUGAUAACCUCAGCAAUUAGAAUCUUGUUUGCCAACUUAACUUUUUUUUCCAAAUAUUGGCCUGUUUUUCUAAUUCUGCUCCUUACAUCCUUCUGCGAUUGUAUACAAAGUAACUUAAUAUGGAGUUAGCUUUGAUGCAUACAUUUCUGCUGUUUUAAGAAAUUGCUGUUUAAUUGACACACUCAGGAUAAUGUAAGAAGUGAAUAAUUUAAAGAACUCUGAACAUUGCAGUUGCAGCAGCUGUGAGAUGGUUAAAAUUAUGAAAUUCAUCUUUUCAAUUUGAAUUCUGAAUUGGCACCGUUUCUUCAAUCGAUACCAGUAAUGAACGGCUGCUGAAGUGUACAGCUAUUUAGACUCGAUGCUCUGGUUUGGGAAUAUGGUAAGAUAUAGUGCAUACAAGAUUAAUAAAUUAUGAUUGUUUCAAAUUUAGUGUAAUAAAAAAUUGGCUAUUUGUUUUCAUUAUAAGGAAUGUGGUCAGCUACUGUUUCCUCAAUUUUGCCGGAAAUUGGUGUGGGCGUGGCUGGUUAACAUUCUCAGCUUUUUUAUGUCGUGGGAAAGAAAUGUGACAAAUCGUUUUUUAUAUUUUGGAUUUUAGGUUUGAGAUUUGGGGUUAUAUUUUUUUUAAGCAGACUUGCGUGAUAUUCUAAUGAUUAUAAAGGGCAACCACUGAAAGAGCAGUUGCUCAGCGUUGAAGAAGCAAAUGCUUCUGUAGGAGGACUUUGAAUAUUUCUAUUUACUAAGAGCUGAAACUGCUGAACUGCUGAUUUUAAAUACAAUAAAAUAAAAAAAAAUGUUUACUUGGACAUAUUGGGGAAACAAAAUACAAAAUUGGUUGGUAGGCAGAUGGGCCAAAAACACUAACAAAAGCAUGAUCUAUUUUCCUCUUUUAAAUAGUUUAAAAAAAACUUGUACAGUAGUCAGGAACAUUUUUCAAAAUACAACUUUUUGUACAUUAUUUAGAGUGAAUUUUGUAUUGCAAACCCAAAAGAUAAUUGUGUGCGAUUCUACGAAAUUCUGAAUGAUCUUAACAAUUGGAAAUAAAAGUUUCUUUUUACUUUUGAAUCAUUAUUCUUCUGUUUUUACAUUGUGCAGUCCAAGUGGGUUUGCGUUUCAAGCAACGACAGUGCUUCAGUGCUUUUCACAAGGGUCAUUUAAUAAAAACAAAUCUAAGAGUGUUUGACAUUUCAUAUGGUAAUAUUUUGCUUGUAUUCUUAUCCUGUGGUUAGGGCACAGGUAGUACUCCACUACCUGGCCCUUUUUUUAUUUAAAAUUUUAAUAACGUCAACAAGAGAUGUCCACUGAACCAUAUGUUUCCAGAAUAGUUGUGGUAGAGAUGAGGGAUCCUCCAAAAAAGAAAAGUCUAAUACUACUGUCACGUUAAAUGUCCACUGUGUUUUAUACAGUUUUUUUUUGUUCACUUGGAAGAAUUUUUACUAAAAGUUGCAAAAAGUAUUGUGCGAAGAUAUGUAAGUUUUUUUUCUUUUGAAGUACUUGAAAUGCAUUAAUAAAGAAUAGACUUGAUCGACCAAC